AUGGAAUUGCUGCUGAAAUUAUCCCCGGGAAAACUAAGUAUCGACGAGAUCCUCACCAAAGGAUUUUUGUCAAUCGUGGACUUCGUUUGGAUAAAUCUCACACACACACACACACACACACUUUCUCUUUUACUCAUACUCACACUCUCUCUUUCUUUCGCUCUCUUGACUCUCAUAUCUAUCUCUCUCUCCCUCUCAACUCUAUCACUUUCUAUCACUCUCUCGACUAUCGCUCUCUCACUUGACUCUAUCGCUCUCUCACUUGACUCUAUCUCUCUCUCGACUCUCUCUCUCGACUCUCUAUCUCACUCUCUAUCUCUCUCUCGACUCUCUAUCUCACUCUCUAUCUCUCUCUCGACUCUCUAUCUCACUCUCUAUCUCUCUCUCGACACUCUAUCUCACUCUCUAUCUCUCUCUCUCGACUAUCUCACUCUCUAUCUCUCUCUCUCGACUAUCUCACUCUCUAUCUCUCUCUCUCGACUAUCUCACUCUCUAUCUCUCUCUCUCGACUAUCUCACUCUCUAUCUCUCUCUCUCGACUAUCUCACUCUCUCUCUAUCUCUCUCUCGACUCUCUAUCUCUCUCUCUCUCUCUCUCUCUCUCUAUCUCGACUCUCUCUAUCUCUCUCUCUCUCUAUCUCUCGACUCUCUCUCUAUCUCUCUCUAUCUCUCUCUCUCUCUAUCUCUCGACUCUCUCUCUAUCUCUCUCUCUCUCUAUCUCUCGACUCUCUAUCUCUCGCUCUCAACUAUCACUCGCUCUCCCUCUCUCUCUCUUGACUAAUCGCUCUAUCUCUCUCUCCCUCUGUCUUUCUCAUCUCGCUCUCGCAUUCUCUCAACUAUCUCUCUUGCUCUCUCUCUCCUCUCAUUCUCUUUCUCUCUAUCUCUCUCACACUCUUUCCAAACAUCUUUUGGAUCAUAUCGACAAAAAAGUUGCAGCAAAACGUUUGUCACCCAUUCGUUGGCAGAACCGUGAUCUGUUGACGUUGAUUCGCCGUGAAAUUUUUUAA